UCCAGGUCCAGCUCCAGCUCCAGCAAGCAUAAACAAGCUCCCUCCUUGCGACUCACCACCAAAUUCCCCCAAACCCUCAUGUCUACUUCUUCAGGAGCGCCAUAAAAUCUCAUCUCCCUCUAAAUAUCUGCCGAAGCAUUGCCCCAAUUACACCCCCUUCCUUUCCCUGUCUUGUCUUGCCCAUUCAUCGUUCACACCAACCCCCGCCAUCGAUUGAACCAUGUCCAAAACAACAAAAUACCUUCUCAUCUCCCUCCCGACCUCCAUCACACCAUCCAGCAAUAAGGACGACGCCCUCGACGCAGUCUCCACGAUCAUUACCCCGGAUAACGGCACCGUGAGCUCGUUUCCCAUCCCCGAGUUCAAGAUCGGGACGCUGGACGCCUUGGUGCAGCAGGCGGAUGAGUUGGCGAAACUUGAGUCGUCGUGUCAGGGGGUCGUGGCAAAGAUUAGCGAUGCAUUGAAUAGUGUUCUUGAGGGGGAUCAGGAGCAGGUUGAGAAGAUGAAGAAUGUUAAUGAUAAGCCUGUCGAUCAGUAUUUAAGGACGUUUUCGUGGAAUAAGGUCAAGUAUCGCGCGGAUAGGUCUUUGGGGGAAUUGAUUGAUCUUUUGGAAAAGGAAGCAGCGAGUAUUGAUAAUGAUGUUCGGUCGAAAUACUCUCAAUACAACCAGGCUAAGAAUACACUGGCGACGCUCAAACGGAAACAGACAGGCAAUCUUUCUACGAAGUCGCUUACGUCCAUUGUCGACCCCCGCGUCCUCGUCCAAGACUCCGAAUACAUCGAGACCCAUCUCGUCGCCAUCCCUGCGCAGCAGGUAAAAGAAUUCCUGAAGACGUACGAGACUAUCUCUCCGAUGGUGGUUCCACGAUCUGCGAAUCUUGUGGCCUCGGACGAUGAGUUCACACUAUACGCGGUGACUACGUUCAAGAAGCACAGCCCAGAGUUCGUUCACAAAUGUCGCGAACAGAAAUGGGUGCCUCGGGACUUCAAAUAUGUCGAGGGAGGCAAAGAGGAGGAGCGGAAAGAGGUUGAGCGUGUCGGUGGGAAUGAGAGAAAGCUGUGGGGAGAAACGCUACGAUUGGGCCGUACAGGCUGGAGCGAGGCUGUCAUGGUCUGGAUCCAUGUGCUGGUGCUCCGGGUGUUUGUUGAGACUGUAUUGAGAUACGGUCUUCCUUUGGACUUUGUCUGCGCUCUUGUCCGGACACCUGGAUCCAAACAAGCAGACAAGGCAAAACGGGCUCUCGACGAGAAAUAUUCAUAUCUCGCGGGGAAUGCCUUUGGGCGUGACAAGAAGGGCCGGGUCAAGAGGGAUGACCCGGGUGAAAUAGCCAUGAGCGGCGAAGGGGCUGGGGCGGAGUACACGCCAUAUGUCUAUUACGAAAUCCAGUUCAGCUAGCAUUCGCUUGCACGUUGAAUUUUGUUUGUGACUUCUUUACUGAUGGAUAUUCAUA